ACAAAAGCCGAUACAGUGAAAUUUAAGCUCCUCUGGUGGAAUAUGCCCAGGCGCUGCGUGCUGUUAUGCAAAAAGCCGCCGCCGCAGACCUGUGCAAAACGACCGGCUAUUCGACACCCUCAACCUUGCCCCACAAUUGGAAUUGCAUUCGCAUCCGUAACAUCUUUGAUGUAACAUUGCGACUAGAGAAAGUGCUCUCGGGAGUAUAAAAAGAUGCAUCCCUGCCUAGAAGGCAUUCAGUCAUCCACCACCUGAACAACAUGGCAAGCAAAGUUAUUUUUGCGAUCGUUCUGGGCUUCGCUGCCGUGGCUUACUCGAUGCCUGCAGCCUCCCUCGUUAACAUCAAUCAGCCCGAGUACCAGCUCUCCCUCAAUUACUUCAACCAAAACGCAGUCGAAGAUGUCGAAGGACCUACGACCACUGCCGAGAACCUUGUACCUGAAAAAUCUGCUGAGCAGCCCACCAUCAAUAAUGCCCAAGAGACCCCUGUUGAGAACGAGCCAACCGAAGAAGAUGCCCCUUCAACCGAGGCGAUCCCUGCCGAUCACGAACUCAAGCAACAGAUCACCACCCUGAACAACGGUGCCGUCCGAUAUGCCUACCAGGGCCAGACCCAGCAUGACGAGCAGUCCAGCAGCCGCGUCAGCCACUCGAUGGUGCGCAACGGCCCCACCGCUCCCCCUGCCCCUGAAACACCCUACCACAAGAUGAACCUGCUGCCCGCCACCAAGAGAGGAGAGGUCCUUGCCUACCACGCAGGAGUUGCUGCCACCAACGCCAUCUCCUACCAGCAGCACCUGCCACCUCUGCCUCCCCUGACCCCUGCCGAGGCACGUAUCUUCCGCGAGCAAAUCUUCACCGUCAAUGUUGCUGCUCCCCAAUAUGGCUAUGGAUACACGGUGCGUGGAAUCGAACACCCCCAACAGUAGAAAUUGUACUAAAUUAUAUUAUUUAUGAUGGAACUUGCAGAUGAUGAAAUAAAUAUAUAUUGUUUAUAAGAGCAUAAAUCUUACUUUUUCAUUACGUCUGAAAAACACAGUCCCUCUGUCAAUCAGAAUCUUCAGCAGAUUCGUCAGAUUUCUGUUGAGCCUUUUCUUGCUGACCUUGUU